AUGAUGGAGGGUAGUGAUGAGGAUUUAUUUUACACAAAAGAGACUAAAAGCUAGGAAAGCGAUUUCCCCAUUAAUGAAAACGAAAAAAAUGGAACCAGAUAAUAUUUGGCCUCACCACGAAAUAUCUAGGAUAACUUCAGGUAAAAUUAAAAACCUAGUUAGAAGUAUAUUGGUGAUUAAGAAGACCUUAAUUCUAUCGAAGAAAGUACCACUUAUCAAUAGAAUCUACUUGCAUCAAGCAAUAUUUUAUAAAAUAGUAUCAAAGAGAAUUUAAUCAUGGAUAGAUUGUCAUUUGGAGUUGAGUUCUAAUAGUAGUAAAUGGAUUAUAAAAUGGAGUUAAAGGAGGUAGAUUAUUACCAAAAUAGAAAGCGAAAGAGAGAACCUCGUAAUCCAAAAAGGGAAUAAUUGAAAGAAGAAUAUCUUAGACUCAAAAAGGAAUUACAAGAAAUCUCUCAAAAGCGAAGUUAAAACAAAAGUAAAGAUCAAAACUCCAUUAUUUCACCAAGAAAAUUUUCUGUUAAAGUAUCUGAUAUUACCACUUAAAAAGAAUUGAUGCCCUCACAAUUUCACAAUUAUAAACAGAAUAGCAAGUAGCAAUCUCUGAAUUAGAACACAAAAAAGAAAAUUAUGAAUGAAAAUGAUUUCUAUUAAGAGAGCUAUAAGGAGUAGUCAACUUUAAUGAGUGCUUAGAAAGUUAAUGAUUAAUUAAUAAGCGAAAUGAGUGCUACAUUGCAAACAGAUAAUAUAAGUUCACCAGAUUAUAAAGAUAUCAAUCAUCCAUUCGUGCUCCACAAGCAGGAUCUUAAUUAGUCAAGUUCAAAUAAAUACAGUCCUGAUAAAUAGGUAACAAGCAAGAAAAAUCACCAAAUUUAUUAGAAUAAUCUGGCAUAAAAGCCAAAAAAUCAAAUGUUUAGUAGACCAGAAAGUGGAAGGCAUAAAGCAUAGUUUACUGAUCAUCAUAAUAAACAACUCCUAAGUAAAGAACUUCAAGAUUUUAGUAGGUAAAUGAAUGAUAGCAGAAGAAUCUCAAUUGAAUCUACAUAAAGGAUAAAAGAUAAAUCUAUCAAUAAAAAUAGUAUAAAACAUUGUAGCUAAAGUAAGUAGAAUCAGCAAAUCUCUGAAAGGAAACUAAGCACUUUAGAAUACCCUUAAAUGUAUAAAAUUCUAAAGAUUAAUAAGAGAUAAGAUGAAUUGAGGCAAUCACUCUAGCCCUAGAGCAAUAGCACUUGUAUGAAAACUUAAAACUUUGAACUCAAUUAGGAACUAAAUCAUAAAAACAUUAAAUGCUAUCCAACGAAGGAAAAUGAUUAAGAAACCAAUAUGCUAAGUAAAUCUCAAAGCCACAGAUCAUCAAUAUAAAAUCUUGGCUUAAAAAUCAUGAUAGAUCCAUAACAUCAGAAAAGAGAGAGAUGCAUGAAAAGUUUAUAUUAAUAGUAAAGUCCUCUAAAUGAACUAAAAGAAAUCAACCAUCAGUAUGGCGAGAAUAUUUUUGGAUUUAUGGCUCAUAGAGGAUCUGUCACUCCUCAAGAUACCAAAAUUAAGAACCAUCAAUCAAAUUCUUCAUAAUAUGACAUUAUAUACGAAAAUACUAGAGCAAAAAUUGAAAAUAAAAAAAGUUGCAAAGGCUGCCGAUAAAAGAAGGCAUAAUCAUCUCGUCAUUCAUCUUAAAAUGGUGAUUAUUCCCCUAGGGCUAUGAUAGACAAAGAGAAAUUUUUCAUUUAAAGCAAAAAGCAUAAGUGCUCACAUCAUCAUCAACAUCAUCAUAAUUAAUUAAAAGAGCAUAAUUAAGAAUUAAGGAAACACUAGCAUAAUAGUCAUUAAUCAAACAACCAGAAUCAUGAUCAUAGCUAAUGUAAAAGCAAAGUCUACAAGGAAAGUCUUUAUAAAACUAGAGAUCAUAAUAAAGUAGAAAGGAGUUAGAGUAGUAGACACGAAAAGCAUUCUAGACAUUCAUAAAAUAGCCAUCAUCAUUAGGAUCUUAUAGAAGAUUAAGAUAUGAUAGAAUUACUAGGGAAAAAAUAAAAAAUAAUGUCGCCUUCAAAGUUGAAUUAAGAGCUGAAUAAAAUCUUAGAGACUGAGAGGAUGAUAAAAGAAUAUAAAGAAAUGAUAACAAAAAUGCAAAGAGAUUUAUAUUCUAAAAAGUAAGAAGUAAAAUAGCCUCUGCCUUCACCAAAAAAAGCAGAUAAAAAUAGCAUUAAAUAAAGCUUUAAGAGUAACAAAGUAUCUGAAAAAGGCUCAAUGAUCAGUCCUCAAAAAUAGAUAAAAAACAAGAAGGUAUUUUAAGAGGAUUUAAACCCAGCUGAAGCAAUAAAAAGUUUAAUAAAGCAUUCUCAUAUUGAGAACAAAAUCAAAGUAUAAAAUUAAUCAUAGCAAAAUCAAUAGGAGCUUUAGAAAUCAGAAUAGAAAAUAAAGAUUGACUAGAAAUAGCAUAGCCUGUAGUAAAGUAAUAAUCAUUUAAAUCAAUAGUUGGAGCAAUAGUCUCCAUUAAAAGAGCAGAUCAAGACUACUUUUAACAUAAAGCUUAUGAAAGUAGUUAAUCAUGAGUAAGAGAGGAAAAAUCUGCAAAAUAAUUAGACUUUUCAAUAGCUUGAUGAGUUAAAUAUUACUAAUCCCUAAAAACAACUACAUUUAAACGGUUAAUUACAGGAUGAUGAUUAGGAUAACACCUAUACUAAUUUCUAAGAAGAUGAAUCAUUCAUCAAUGCUUAGCAGCAGCAAGAAAUCCUUAACUUUUAUAAAGAAUUUUAAUAAGAAGAUGAGACUUUGAAAACUCCAUUGUCUGUUUUUUCUAAGUAAUAAAGUUUUGUUAGUCAUUCUCCUAAUACUUAGAAUAAAAGGCAAUUCCAGUAGCAGCAUUCUUAAUUAAUAAAUGAGAGCAAAUCAGCCAAUAUAUAUUCAGCUAUUAAUAGCAAAAAUAGGAUUAUGCCUUAGAUUAAUAUCAAACCUUUUUCUCAUUUAUCAGAUAUUAGUUUGAGUACAAUGCCUUAAUAAUAAUAGCUAUUAUGCUAGCAAAAGCAGUAAAUGCAAUAGAAUAAUGAGGUAAAGAUAGUCAACAUUUAAAUAAAUCCAAUGCAUAAAAAAGUAGAAAAUAGUCUGAAUAAUGGAUCACUAGCUAGCAUUAUGAAAGUUACUGCAGAUUUGUUAGAGAAAAGGAAAAAUGAAAUAAUUAGCACGGGGUAGAAUUACAAUAAGCUAACUCCUUAUAGAACUAAGAAUCCAUAAAUCUAAAACAGAUAAAAAUCUUUGAACAAGACUCCUUAAAUGAUUAAAACUACUUAAAUACCAUAAGCCCAAAAGAAUUAGCAAGCAUAAAAGCCACCAUAGCAAAUUUAGUCUAACCUUAAUAUAACCCCAAUGAAAUCAUCCAUCUAUUAAACAUAAGCAAUUAAUAGGAAAUAGUAAUUAAACCCAGCAGGUUAUCAAUAUCAAUUGAAUUCAUCUACUGUAACCAACAAACCUCAGAUAAAAUCUAAACCUCUCGUAACAGCAAUUUAGCAAGUAUUCCCUUAAUCACAGUAUGUUCCUGCUCCUUAACUAUCUUAAAAUACUUAUAAGACAACAGCAACUAGAAAUAACCCAUAUACCUCUAAUCAGAGCUAGUAUAACAACUGUUAAUCAACAACUGCUGAUUCUAAUUACUUUGCAUCACAGCAUUCAUAAACUAACUCGCUUAGAAGUAGCAUGCAAAUAAGAACAUAAACAAUUGAUCUGAGUGAAGCCUUUAAGAGCAAAAGCAAAUGGAAGAUAAAUACAGCAUUAAAUAGUGUCUCUAAUUCUCUUAGGCAGUCAAUGGGUGGAACGCAAGAUUUAAGGAAUUAACCUCCUCCAAAUAAUGCUGGAAUAUCUAGAAUCAUCUGA